CCGCCUCUCUCACACAGAUCUUAGUUUCAUUUCUGCCAACAAGAAGGACUCUGACCAGACCGCUGUCUGACAUAUUCCCCUCACACAUCUGCAUAAAGGAGGAGAAGAUUCCGUCCUGAGCAAACACAUCAUCAGACCAGAUAUGUCUAAUCUGAAAUCCCAGCUAACCGUGAGCCAGCAGAGAACAAUAAGCUCUCAGCUGCACGGUGUCAAGCUAAAUUUGUUGUACAAAGCCAGCGUUCAUGGUUUCACCUCAGCAGCCUUCCACCAGCGAUGUGACAACCGCUCCCCAACACUGUCUGUGGGCUAUAACGCCUCUGGUUAUGUGUUUGGGGGCUACACCAGACAACCUUUCAGUCAGUCUGGAACAUAUGUGAGUGAUGAUCAGGCCUUUCUUUUCACCUUUAGAGGAGAAAAGCUCCACAAAUAUCCAGUUAUGAAUGCUACGUAUGCAGUGAAAAUGGUCGGCAACUCUGGUCCUUAUUUUGGAGAAACACUGAUUCUUUUACAUGGAAGCCAGCCAGUUGUGUACAGCAAACCAGGUAGUUACUAUAACUUCCAAGCUGCAGAAAUGCACGGGAACGACCUAAACCUGACCGAGUGUGAAGUCUACCAGAUCGAGCAAACCACUGAACUUGAGAGGCCAUGGAGGAAUAUAAUCUGGGAAUCAAAGAAGAGGAACGAGCUGAUGGAGAGCAUUAAAUCCUACAAACCCCUGGUCAGUUCUGUGUCCCAGGCACGGGUUUUACUCAUUGGACCAGUCGGAGCUGGAAAGUCCAGCUUCUUUAACUCCAUCAACUCAGUGUUUAGAGGCCACGUCACCAGCCAGGCCAUGUCUGGCAGCUCAGCCACCAGCCUCACCACUCAGUUUCGCACCUAUUCUCUGAAAGCUGGAAGAGAAGGCAAACCUCUGCCAAUCAUCUUGUGUGACACCAUGGGGCUGGAGGAAGGAAAAGGGGCAGGGCUUGAUAUAGAUGACAUCAGCAGCAUCCUUAAUGGCCACCUGCUCGACCGCUAUCAGUUCAACCCGUCUGCUCCUCUGCAGUCAGAGGUUCAUGGUUAUCGCAAGAACCCGGGUCUCAAAGACAAGAUCCACUGUGUGGCUUAUGUUCUUGAUGCCUGCAAGAUCUCCAUCAUGCCUGCAAAGCUGGAGGAGAAACUGGACGCUAUUCGCAGAAAGGUCAACUCGAUGGGGAUUCCUCAGCUGGUUCUGCUUACCAAAGUAGACGAAGCCUGCCCACUGGUGGGGGAGGAUGUGACCAAAGUCUACCACAGUGGCUACAUUAAAGAGCUGGUGCAAGAGGUCAGCGCCCGGCUCGGUGUGCCACUGUCCUGCGUGGUUCCAGUGAAGAACUACAGUGAGGAGUUGGAGUUGGACCUGAACUGCGACAUCCUGCUGCUCAGCGCCGUCAUUCAGAUGUUUCGCUUUGUGGAUAACUACUUUGAUGAGCUCAGUGACCAACUGAGCAGGACUGAAACCAAAGAUUAGCAGUCUGCAAUGACCUACCAUCCAGAAAACUAUAGCAUGCCAAACUUUUCAGAAUGUAUCCAGUAUCCACUUUAAAAUAGCUACUUCUUUCCUAAUCCUCCUGUCGCAAGAUAAGAAGGGUAAAUGUUCAGACUAGUAAGGGUGUCCUGUCAGGAUUGAUAAAUAGCUUAAGUAGAGUGUUGCUCAUUUCUGAUCCACUUGAAGUUUUGGAUUGGUUGUAAUGUUGGCUUAGCAAACUUUCUUCUUCUAAACUCAAGUCCGACAAUUAGGAAGUCAAAUCUUAUCUCCAAAUUCCUGAAAUUGUCAACUUACGAUUACAAGUACGUAAUCGCAUGCCGCCAAGUGGCAUGCCGCAUGCCGCUUGGCCUCAACAUCCAACUCCUUUUUUGCUUUCACAUUUGAGGUUCUUUCGAAUUCCUACAUUUGUAACACUUUUGCCUAAUAAACUGAACUUUCUUCGUGCAGAUUAUUUGAUAAAAUGACAAACUCAGAGGGACGUUUCAGCACAAUACAAUUUAUUAGUAUGACAAGCAGUUUGAGCUACAUGACAACUCUUCUCAAGAGAAUUGAACAUUUAUGCAGAUAUUUUGUUCUAUGUCCAGCGUACAGAUAACAGAGGCUGCAGUGACUGUGAGCGCUAACAAAAUAAGAACUUACUUAUACCUGAUGAGCAUUUAUCAUACUGUUAGUUCCUUAAGAUAAAAUGAAUCUUUAUGGGGUCAAAGAAAUGCACACUUCAUGUGCAUUCAGUUUGUGCUUUCAUUUGUGGGUGGGAUGCUAAAAAGUGCAACUGGUCGGAUUGAAUCUCCUUAAAAGUUAGAAAAAAAAAAAAAUCCAAUUGGCACAACUGUUUACAAUACAACGUGUUUCAUACUUGCAGUGUUGGAGGGAGAUGAACCAGUGUUGUGCUUUUUAAUGAAAUCUCAAAGCGUCUGAAUAAACAGAGGAACUGACGUUUAUUAAUGUAGCUCGCACAGUUACGGUUCAGGGAAACAAGUGUCGGGAGUCGGUCCAGCUGAGGAUCAGCCCCUACCUGUGUAAACGUACUGUGGUGCUACAACAAAGUGUAAACUACACGACGCACACCUGCCAUCCGAAUCGCCACCUGCUUUUUGCAUCACUGAAAGGAGUUAGACCGGAAUACAAAUUGGCAGCUGUCUCUAUAAGCUGCGGUCAUCAGUUAGAAACAGACGGAAUUUUAAAAUAGUGUUUAAAACAUCGGCGUGUUAGUGCACAUGAAAGACAGGGAGAUCCUCUCCAGCUUGGCCACAGCUAACAUCGAACUGGCUGCACAACUUUCACAGAAUAAACCGACGACAAGGACGUACAACAGUGAAGGAGGAAUGUCCUGAAAUUGCAAAACACACCUGGAAAUCAGUGCUAUUCUGUUUGCUCCUCUUUUUUUUUUUCCAAAUGCAGCCUAAAGAGAUGUUCCAGCAGACUUUUCUACGAGUUUGAAAAAGACGCGGGUCUUGGGAGGUUGGCGCAGAUGGUUGGGAGCACAGAGGAAGACCAUGGAGAGGCCCUUCUGGCACAGCUCACACCCAGUUUAAACAGCCAGAUGGCUUCUUUUUUUCUCUUUAGCCAGCUACUUAAUCAACGAAAAAAGGCAGCCACGUGAAGAAGAUUUCAACUUCAGCAACUCGAGUUACAGUGCGGAGCACACGAGUACACACACACACACACACACAC